AUGGAUCCUAGUAAGAUUCAGAGCGUUUUAGAGUGGCCUGUUCCUAUUAAUGGAGUUCGAGGUUUCCUUGGAUUAACGGGUUACUAUUGCAAAUUCAUACGAGAUUAUGAAAAAAUUUCUAGGCCAUUGACUGCUCUUACAAAGAAUGAUGGGUUCUUUUGGUCGAGUGAAGCACAAAAGGAGUUUGAGUUACUUAAAGAAAAGAUGACCACUAGGCCAGUUUUGGCCUUACCAGACUUUUCCAAAGAAUUUAUCAUCGAAAGUGAUGCCUCCAGGCUUGGUUUGGGAGCGAUCUUAAUGCAAGAGGGGCGUCCCGUGUCUUAUUUCAGCAAGACUCCUGGGGAAAGGAAUCUAACUAAAUCAGCCUACGAGAAAGAGCUCAUGAUUUGGAAAGAAAUAUCUUUAGAUUUCAUCACUGGGCUUCCAAAAUUUAGAGGGCUUGACGCUGUUUUAGUUGUGGUGGACCAGUUGUCAAAAUAUAGUCAUUUCAUCCCUCUAAAACACCUUUACUCUGCUAAAACAGUUGCUGAAGUAUUCACUAAAGAUGUGGUGAAACUACAUGGGAUUCCUGCUUCCAUUUUAAGCGAUAAAGACCUUAUUUUUUCUCGCAUUUACCCCGAUUUCCACGUUUCCCUCCUCAAGAAAGCUGUCGGAAACUACUCAGAAAAUGAUAAUUUACCUACUGAUUUGGAAGGGGAUCUCAAUUCCCCUUUGGAGCCUACUGCUGUUUUGGCCUCUUGGGUCGUCACUAAGAAAUGGGUGUUAAUUCCUCAACUGCUGAUCAAAUGGAAGGGAAAACCAACUGAAGAGGCUAUUUGGGAGGAGAAGUACAACACCAGUAGUCAAUUCCCUCACUUCAAGCUUGAAGACAAGCCUAGUUUUCAUCGAGAGGAGUAUGAUAGGCCCUUAAUUCAUAAAGAAAGCCAAAAUACAUUUUUGUUUAAGAAUUUCUUUAAGCCCCUAAUUUAG